AUGUCUAAGAAAUCAAAUUUGGGUAAAGCUCUUUAAAGAUAGCAAUAAAGGAAGAUGAAUGAAGGAGCAGCAAAAGUGCAGAAUUAAGGAUAAUUCUUUCAUGAUGGAAAGGUAGUAAAGGAGGAAUAUCAAAUAUAAUAAGAGAACCUAUAAUCAAUAAUUGAUUAGAAUCCAUUAAAUGAAUAUUUAUAGAUGGCAGAGAUGGCAAAUAUAAAAUAUUAAGCAGAGAAGAAAUCAGAUAUAGUAGUAAAUGAAUAAUAGAAAUAAGUAAUAUAGUGAAUAAUUUUGUAGUUGGUGAUAAAUGUAAAUGCAAUAAGAAAGGGGUAGUUGGGAAAUUCAUAAGUAUAUGAUUAUUAAAAGAACUAAUUAAUGGUUGAUUUAUAAAUACCAAGAAGACCUAGAUGGGAUGAGAAGACAACAGUAGAAUAAUUGAGAUUGAUGGAGAAUGAGAAUUUUUUAAAAUGGAGAAAGGAGUUAGCAAAGUUUGAAGAGGAACAUUAUUAAAUAUAAUUGACUCCUUAUGAAAAGAAUAUAGAGGUUUGGAAGUAAUUAUGGAGAGUAGUUGAGAAGGCAGAUAUUUUAGUAUAAGUAGUAGAUGGUAGAGAUAUCUUAUUUUAUCAUUGCAAUGAUUUAACAAAGUAUGUUCAUGAAGAACAGAAUAGAGUUUAUAGGAAGAAUUAAACAAAGAUAAAUUUUUUACUGAUAAAUAAAAGUGAUUUAAUAUCUGAUAAGAUUAGAGAUGAAUGGUCAAGUUUUUUGAAUACUUAGAAUUUGAAUCAUAUGUUCUUUAGUGCAAAGUUAGAAUAAGAGAAGAUUGAUAGGGAAGAGUAAGUGUAAUAAUAAGAUGCUAUAAAUAUUAUAAUAUAAUAAGAAGAACCAUAAGUAGAAGAGAAUGUAGAAGCAUAUAUAAAUACAUCAAGAAUAGCAGAUAGGAAGAUAUUAUUAUCGGAGUUGAAAUUAUUAGUUUAAAAGAUUAGAAAAUAGAGAUAAGAGAAUGUAGAGACAACUAAAUAAUUGGAAUAGGAUGAUCAUGAUAUAUAACAUGAUGAAAAUACAGUUAUUAUUGGAAUGGUUGGAUAUCCUAAUGUAGGUAAGAGUUCAGUUAUUAAUGCGAUUUGUAAUAAGAAAUUAGUUGGAGUUGCAGCAAGACCUGGUAAAACUAAGCAUUUUUAAACUAUACCAUUAGAGAAAUAUUUAUUAGUAAAUAAAUUGUUUAUAAUUUUUAGUUAUGUGAUUGUCCAGGUUUAAUAUUUCCAAAUGCAUCAUCAUCAAGAGCAGAAAUGGUUUGUAAUGGAGUUUUACCAAUAGAUAAUAUUAAAGAUUAUUUAAGUCCAAUGGAUUUAUUAGCAGAGAGAAUCCCUAAAGUUGUAUUUGAAAAACUCUAUGGUAUCAAUUUAUAAGAAUUUAAAAAUAUUGAUGCUUCUACUGUACUCUCUACUUACAGUUAGAAAAGAGGAUUCAUGACAGGUAGGGGAUUACCAGAUGAAGCAAAAGCAUCUAAAUUAAUGUUAAAAGAUUUUGUUAAUGGUAAAUUACUUUAUGUAAAAUUACCUCCUAAUUAUUAAGGAGAGCCUUUAUGGUAAUCAAAUCCUUUGUAAGAUUUGGAAAAUCUACUUAUUUAAUAAUAAAAUUAGCAUUAAUAAAAUGAUGAUGCUAAAAUUGAUAAUUAGUUUGAAAAUUAAUUAAUACAAGAAAAGAAAAUUACGAAUGAAGAAAUAUUAGAAAUUUUCACAUAGGAAAAUUUAGCUUAAUUAAUGGAAGGUAAAAAGGUUCAUGGAAUUAAGUUAACAAAGGAAUAGAGAAGAGAAAUUAAACAUAAUUUUCAAAGAGGUAUUAAUUAUAAAUGACAUUUUUAGGUGAUCCAAUAGACAUUAAAAAAUAUCUUAAUUUAUAACAAAACUAAAAGGAAACUCUAUAUAAAACAUAUAUAUAAGGUAAAAGAGGAUAAAUAUGA